AUGAAACAAACAUCCAGUUUGGUGCAGCACCCAGAUGGAGUUUUGAUAGCAACAGGCCAGGUAGGAAAGCAGCCAUACAUGUGCGUGUGGGAUUCAACGAGCCUCGAGACUAUCUCCAUCCUGAAAGAUGCACACGAACAUGGCAUUGUUGCCAUUGCAUUUAGCACGGAUGGACAGCUUUUAGCUUCAGUAGGAUCUGACCAAUCAUCAACUAUUGUGCUGUGGGAAUGGAGGAAGGGAAAGAAGAUGGCGGUCACGAGAGGCCAUUCAGACAGGGUUUUUGAUGUCCAGUUCUGCCCACAAACGUCUGCAUCUGAUGAGACUCAUCAGCAAAAAGACCAACGAGCAGAAUACUUGCUGGUGACUUGUGGAGUCAAGCACAUCAAAUUCUGGACGCAUUCUGGCAACACGUUAACUGCUAAGAAAGGAAUCUUUGGGAACGUUGGAGAGAUUCAAACAAUGUUGAGUCUUCUCGUGUGCAACUCUAGCAGCAGCAGCAACAACAACUUGUUGACAAGUAGAAGCUUGAAGGAAACGAAAAAAAAGUUGGAUGUUGUGGUCCAUGAUGGUGGUGAGUUGCUGACAUUUUCGACUACACUUUCAGGAGAUGUGUACAUGUGGUGUGCAUGUACACUCACCAAAGUGUUCAAAUCACUGCAUAAGGGGCCCAUCUUCACUAUCGCACCGUACAGAAGUGAUCAGGGCGUUGAAGGGCUGAUGACAGGAGGGAAGGAUGGAGUGUUGAAAAUUUGGAAUCUCAACAUGCAGCUGAUGAAGACUCAUGACCUGAAAACUGAUAACACCACUGCUGAUAUGACGAUCAGAAGCCUUUAUCAACGUCAGCAACAAAUCCUUAUCGGCACGAAGGACAGCGAAAUAAUUCAACUCUCCUCUAUCCGAGGUGGAGCAGGUGAUGAGGAAGUGAGACAGGAAGUGGUGAUGGAAGGUCACAAGGAGGGUGAACUCUGGGGUCUCGAUGUCACGAAGGGCUUCUUCGCCACAGCCAGUGACGAUAAAACUGUCAGAAUAUGGGAGUUGAGCAGUAGGAUGUCGGUACGCAAGAGAAGCAUGGAGGAGGGCAUGAGGUCCUGUUCCUUCAAUCACGAUGCAUCCCUCCUGGCUGUCGGCAUGCUCAAUGGAUCGGUGGCUCUCAUAAACACUAAGUCGAUGAAAGUGUUGAAAGCAUGGAAGGACAGGAAGGAAGUGAUCCACGAAAUGAAACAUUCAGCCGAUGGGAGGUGGCUGGCUGUCGGAAGCAACGACAACUUUGUGGACGUUUACGACUGCAACAAUGAUUACAAGAAGGUCGGAGUCUGUACGGGUAACUCAAGCUUCAUAACGCACCUGGAUUGGUCGGUGGAUGGAAGGUACAUCACGACGAAAGUGGAGCUGCUGAGAAACGGAAAGCGGGUGACGAACUCUGAAGAGAUCAAAAACAUCAAGUGGUUGACCUUCACUGGCGUUCUUGGUAACGAGGUCAAGGGCAUUUGGCAGAAGUACACAGACACGAACGACAUCAACGCCACUGACGUCAAUGAUGAUGUCAUAGCCACUGCGGAUGAUUUUGGACUUGUCAAACUUUUCAAGUUUCCUUCCUACGAAAAAGGUUGCUAA